UUUUCCGAAUACGGAACGGAAAGGAUGUAUUCUUCCCUGCUCUCCGAACAAAGACUUUAUCGUUACAUAAUGGAAUAAAAUAUUAAAGUGUAAAUAAUUUUUAAAUAAAUAAAGUAUCGAAGUGUGAAAUUAUAAUUAUAAUAAAAUACGCAAAUUGAUAAAAUAUUCGUCGAAUACGAAGGACGUGAUGAAAUAAAGAACGAACCGAGUCGAGACGUAAAAAAAUAAUCCUUCCAUAAUCGAUAAAUGAGAUUUAAAAAAAAAAGAAAUAUAAUUAAAAUAAUAAAGAAUAAUAAUUAAAAUCGAUGAAUAAAAAAAAAAUUUCGAAUCGUUCGUUUCCUUUCUUUUAUUUCAUUUUUAGUUUAAAUAUUUUUUUUUCUUUUUCUUUUAUAUUUCGAAUAUUAAGAUAUCAAAAAUUAAAAUUAAAAUAUUUUUAAAUUAUUUAAUCGUAUACGUAAUUCGAAUUUAAGAAAUAAAAAUUAAAAAAAACGAAUAAAACGUGAAUGCAAAAAAAUCGAAUAAAUAUACGCUUUCGUUUAUUUUUGCUUGUUUAUUCGUUACGCAAUUUUUACUCUCGCAACUCGUUACGCGUCUUAUCUCUGUGAUACGCUCUAUAUCGAUUAUACACUCGUUCACCGCCGUGUAUCGAAUAUUCAAGAAUUGAUACUUGAACGACACGAUUCGCGAGAGAUUGUUAAAUUGUUGUAAAAUAUUGUAAAACUGGAAUAAAUGAUUUUACGCGUCAUCGUUUACGCGUUAUAGUUUUGAAAGAGAAACGAUGAAAAUAUGUUCGAUCGAUAUCCUAUAAUCUUGUCUUGUGAUCACGUGUGAUCGCGAUUAAAAAUUUGGAUAAAAUGUAAUGAAUAACGGGAGAGAUAAAAAAGGGAGGGAUAAAAAAUAAAAAAUAAAAAAGAUAAAAAUCAUUUUUUGAAUGCGUUUUGAUCGCGUUUCUUUAAAGGCUAAAAGAUAAAGGAGAGUUUGUGACGAUGUGAAUGCGUUGUUUCGUUCUUAAAUAAAAUCUUAUAAUCGUACUUUUUUUCGUAUAUUAUUCCAUUCCGUUUAAUAUCAUAUUAUUAUAAUCAUCUAAAAUGAGAAUAAAAUGAAUGAUUCAAAAAUUGUUGUUAUAAUUUUAUUUAUUUGCAUUUACUUACUACGGGUAGAUAUUUUAUUUGUCGAUACUUUGAAAAUUUUGCUACUAAUACAUACGGAAAAUUACCAUAACGUCGAUAAGUUAUCGACCGAGAUCGAUAUUACAGCAAAUGAUAGUGAAGCGAUAAUUAACCAGUUAUUUUCGUUUGAUCGUUAUAUGUACAUUUUAAAAAUUUAUGAUUUUUCAAAAAAGGUUUAAGUAUAUUGAAAGGAAGAUUGCACGAAUCUUAAAUGAUUUAUUUAGAAUUUAUUUUUUUUUAUUGAGAAACCUAUAAAUCGUAACGAAAUAGUUAUUCGCAAAGUUAUCGUUUCCUCCCGUAAGUUACGUUGUUCAUUUUUUUUCGUCGCAUGACAAAAAUUAUUGUGAUUAUUAUUUUAAAAUUCAUUCGAUAAAAUUCGAUAUUUUAUUGAAUAAUUUUUUAAAAUUCUAAAAAUUUUAUUGUAAAAAAUUAUUAAUUAAGUGUCGAAUUGUUACUAUUUAUUUAUGGUUGUGUAUCGAACUGUAUCGAAUGCGAUGUUGUUUGCUAUUGGACGGUUUACGAAAAAUUAUAAUAUACAUUAAAAGGAAAAAUCGAAAAAUAUCUUUAAAAAAAAAAAGAAAAAAAAUAUUAUAGAGAAUAAUAAAUAAAAGGAAUAAAAAGAAAGAAAACGUUUUUCAAAAUAUUGUGAUAUAGCCUUUUUUUUUUAAACGAUAUCUAUUACUUAUCGUUUUGUCGUGUACAUUCAUAAGUAAAAGAGUAAGAAAAGUAGAAUGGAUAUGGAUGUAACUAAAGAAAAUUUCCCUAUAACUUUCACGAACACGCGUCAAAAUCGUGAAUAGAGCGGGAUCUUAAAGUCGGUUGAGUGAGCAGACCGUAGUAAAUUCGAGUACAAUCGUUGGAUGUAACCUGCUGGAAGGUUCAGUGAUGCCGUAUUGCGUGAAGCGUUUGGAUUUCGAGUUGGAAAGAGAAAGGUCGAAUCGCGCGUUAUGGCUGACGAAAUCGAACGGAAGUUGUUGGAACAGGUGAAGGAACAAGAAGAGCUUGUACGAAAACUCAAAGCUGCCAAAGCCAACGAUGUUCAGGAUUCAACGAAUUUCUCGAUCUUAGAAACGCAAUUAGAGAGCAUUAACCAUGAUUUUGCGGAUGUCAGUUACGUGUGUGGUUGGAUUCCUACCAUAAAAGAUACGAAAUUUUUUGAUUUUUGCGUCACUUUUAUCGAUGACCAACUACUCUCCAAAUGGCCACAUUUGAAAAGAUGGUUCACAAACGUUCAAAGCUUCGACCAAAUUGAACGUAACACGUUUCUCGAGCCGAAAGGAUCGAUUACCUCUUUGGUGAAAAAAGUUGAUCGCUUAAGGAACCUCUGCCUCUUCGACAAAAAUGUGAUUGAUUUAAAGAUUGCAGAGGAAGUUACCAAAUUAUCGGAAUUGAAAGCUCAAUUGAGAAACAAGAAUGAGAUACCUUCCAAACUUGUUCUUAAAACGCCUAAAGGUACGAGGGAUUAUGGUCCUGAACAAAUGGCUUUACGGCUUGCUGUAUUGGAUAAAAUAGUUACGGUGUUCAAAAGACAUGGUGCGGAAACUAUAGAUACUCCUGUAUUUGAAUUGAAAGAAGUUUUGACGGAAAAAUAUGGAGAGGAUUCGAAGUUGAUCUACGAUUUGAAGGAUCAAGGUGGAGAAAUUUUAGCUCUUAGAUAUGAUUUAACCGUACCUUUUGCCAGGUAUCUGGCUAUGAGAAAAAUCUCUUCCAUAAAGAGAUAUCAUAUAGCGAAAGUUUAUCGAAGGGACAAUCCAUCCACGACAAGGGGUAGAUACAGGGAAUUUUACCAAUGUGAUUUUGAUAUAGCUGGACAAUACGAUCCUAUGUUACCAGAUGCGGAAUGCAUUCGCGUCAUUUCUGAAGCGUUACAGUGUUUAAAUGUGGGACCUUAUACGAUAAAAUUGAAUCAUAGAUUGUUAUUGGAUGGUAUAUUUGCUACUUGUGGUGUUCCAAAUGAUAAAUUUCAUGCUGUGUGCUCGUCUAUCGAUAAAUUGGAUAAGAAUUCGUGGUCGGAAGUGAAACGAGAGAUCGUUGAAGAGAAAGGUUUGAGUGAAUCGAGCGCUGAUAAGAUUGGCACUUACGUGUCGCAAUCUGGUGGAAUAGAAUUAAUAUAUGAAUUAAAGAAAGAUAACGAAUUAAUGAAACACGAAUCUGCGGUAAAUGGUCUUGAAUCCAUUGAAUUGUUGUUCAAGUAUUGCAAAAUAUUCCAAGUGACGGAUAAAAUAAUUUUUGAUCUUAGUCUUGCCAGAGGGCUCGAUUAUUAUACAGGUAUAAUUUUCGAAGCGAUAUUGACUGGCGAUGAAGUUGGCGUUGGUAGUGUCGCGGGCGGUGGCCGUUAUGAUAAUUUGGUUGGAAUGUUCGAUAGUAAAAAAAAGUCGAUUCCUUGUGUCGGUUUAUCAUUGGGCGUCGAACGUAUUUUCAACAUUCUAGAGACGAAAUUAAAUCAUGAAAGCGUGAAAACGCGAACCAACGAAGUUGAAGUAUUUGUGGCAACUGCACAAAAAAAUUUGUACGAAGAACGAAUGAAAAUCUUGACGAUCCUUUGGGAUGCUGGAGUGAAAGCCGAACAUUCUUAUAAAAAAAAUGUAAAAUUGCUCGCACAAUUACAUCACUGCGAAGAAAGUGGUAUACCGCUGGUUAUAAUAAUUGGCGAAGGAGAAUUGGCGAAAGGAGAGGUUACGUUAAGAGAUGUUGUGUCUCGCGUAGAAGUUUCGAUUCCGCGUGCACAUUUAAUUGAUGAAAUAAGGAAAAGGUUAUAGAAAAUAUAUCACGAUUUACUUUCGAACGAAUUUCUUAAUUUAUACAGUAAUUAAAUGAUAUGAUACCAUUAAUUGUUCGAUUUUUUGUAAAAUAUAGAAUCACACAUUUUAACGAUAUUGCACGAUAUCUUCGUUUCAAGUUCAACGUAUGAAAUAAUAAAAAAAAAAAAACAAAAAAAAAGAAAGUGGAAAGCUUCUGUGUAAACUAAAUAAUAAUACAUAAUUUAUUGUAUUUAACGA